CAGAUUUGUGUGGGAGAUAGCAGCUCCUUUCCAGGCGUGGCCCACGGCUCCACUGUGACCCAGUCACAUCUAGAGGUAGAUAGGAGCCAUCUCCUAUUCGAACCAAGUUGUGCAUCAUAUGUGGCGAGGGGAGUCAAACUCCAUCGUCAUCGAUGCUAGCAUCAUGUCCUCAUCUCUCCAGUAGGAUACGGUGGUUUCUUCUCCAGAAAAUCCCAGUAUUUUUCCCCAUGUUGUUGAGUGAAACAAACCGGUCAAUGGGCCCCGAAUAUGGCGACUUCCCCCCGCGCCCAGUGGGGACGCCUUUGAGAGGCAAGACCCAAUAAGGUUCGGCGGGUAGGUUAAGCUCUGGGGCUUGCGAUGCUUGCCAUGAUUCCGUGUUUUCUCGGACCGCGCUGGGUCAAUCGCCCUGAUCGACAAUGACGGGGAGCCUCCACGGUGAGUGGCCGAAAUCGCCGGUUCGGCGCUGAGGGCCAGUCAUGAUCCCGGUAUGUUAUCGCCUCCACCGGGCCUCCCUGGACCAUUGCGGGACACUUUCCUGCAACUUGGCUGGCUUUCUUUCGAUAUGCUGUGACCCAUUACCCCAAAUCCAUUACCUAACAGCCGCAUGAUUGCUGCACUCCCCGCGUCGUGGCUGUUCGGGGGGACCGUGGAGAUGGAAAGAGACUCGGAAAGAGACUCGGGCGGGAGGUGAGAUUCGAAUUGGCUGGUCGUCAUACCGAACUCGGCUUAUUUGUUUCCACGUCCGUCCUCUCCUUUGUGAAGGUCUCGGAUCGUUCUUUUUCCUUCUCAACUUGCACUGCACACAUCUUUGCAGAGCAAACAUCUGUCGUUAUGGACGAAAAAUACAUCGAUGAUGAUGCCCAGUUGGCCCAAAUGGGCCACAAGGCUGAGCUGAAGCGGCAUUUCUCACUGCUGUCGAUGCUGGGUCUCGCUUUUGCCAUUCUCAACUCAUGGACUGCGUUGUCCGCUAGUCUAUCCCUCAGUCUGCCCUCCGGAGGCAGCGUGAGCGUUGUUUGGGGUCUGGUGACUGCCGGUAUCUGCAAUCUGUGCAUGGCAGCCUCUCUUUCCGAGUUCCUUUCUGCCUAUCCAACUGCUGGAGGUCAAUACCAUUGGGUUGCUGUCAUUUCUUGGGAGCGAUGGAUGCCAAUUCUGUCCUGGAUCACGGGCUGGGUCAACUGCUCUGGCUGGGUGGCUCUGGUGGCUACCGGUGGAUUGCUUGGGUCUCAAUUGGUUCUGGGCGUGAUCUCCCUGAUGAACCCGGAGUACGAGGCCCAGCGCUGGCACCAGUUCUUGAUCUACAUUGCCUACAACCUCGUCGGAUUUGCGAUCAACAGUCUCAUGAACAGAAUCCUCCCCCACUUCAAUAAGGCCGCCUUCAUCUGGUCGCUUACUGGAUUCACCGUUAUUUGUAUUACGGUUCUCGCGUGUGCCGCACCGAACUAUAACUCUGGAGACUUCGUCUUCCGCGAGUUUCUCAAUGAGACUGGAUGGCCCGAUGGCAUUGCCUGGCUGCUUGGACUGCUGCAAGGUGGUCUCGGUGUGACUGGAUUCGAUGGUGUGGCUCACAUGAUUGAGGAAAUCCCCAACCCCUCAGUGGAGGGUCCCAAGAUCAUGAUUGCUUGUGUUGGUAUCGGUACCGUCACUGGAACCAUUUUCCUCGUCGUUCUGCUGUUCGUCGCUGGUAACAUUGACGAUAUCAUCUCGUCUUCGGCCGGUCCUCUCCUGGCUAUCCUGAAGAACGCCACCCAGAACAACGCUGGCGCUAUUUGCUUGUUGAUCUUCCCUCUCGUCUGCAUGCUGUUUGCGACAACUGCCAUCAUGACGACUAGUAGUCGAAUGUGCUACGCUUUUGCCCGCGACGGUGGUCUCCCGUUCUCGCGCUUCUUCUCCAAGGUCCACCCCAAGUUGAAGGUGCCUCUGAACUCGCUCAUCCUCAACUUGGUGCUUGUCAUCGUUUUCGGCCUUAUUUUCCUGGGCUCCAGCAGUGCUUUCAAUGCCAUCGUCGCUUCAUCCGUUGUCUUGCUUGACCUUGCCUAUGGUAUUCCCAUUGCCAUCAACUGCCUGCGUGGGCGCAACACCCUUCCCGAGCGGGCCUUUGUCCUCCCCAACUGGUUUGGCUGGAUUCUGAAUAUUAUCUCUUUGGUGUACGUCACCUUGACGACCAUCCUUUUCCUCUUCCCUCCCGAGCUUCCUGCUACAGGCAGCAACAUGAACUACUGUGUCGCUGCCUUUGGUAUUGUCUUCGUCAUUUCCACCAUUACUUGGAUCGUCGAUGGUCGCAAGAACUAUGUCGGGCCCCGAAUCGAGGUGGAAGUGCUUUCUGGUGAACAUGGGGACCAGCCACCGAUUCCCGUGGUUGAACAAAAGGCUUAGAUAUCCCAAGUAAUUUCUAUAGCAAUAAUCUUAGCGAAUGAGAUAUUUACCUGCUGGCUGUCAUCUAGCAUUG